UUGUUCCAGCCACAGGCUGCGCGGGGGCGGGGUGCUGCCGUCCCAGUGGCAGGGACCAUGGCUGGAGCCCAGGAGAUGGCAGAGGGGGUCGUGUACGCCGACAUCUCCUUCCCCCCACCUGCCCCAACAGCAGCCCUGCAGCGGCUCCCCUCAUCAUCCUGGCGGCGGGUGGCUCUCGGCCUGGCUCUCCUGUGCAUCCUGCUCCUGGCAGCGCUGCUCGGCCUGGGCCUGCACCUGCACCUGCACCGGCGAGUGGGGAGCUGUGCCCCGAAGCUGAGGAGCAUGGAGCAGAGCCUCGAGCACAGGCUGCAGCAGCAGGAGAGGUUCCUGGCAGGGCGGUGCCGGUUCUGCCCAGCCAGCUGGCUCGGGGACGCUGGGAAGUGCUAUUACUUCUCUUCGGCCAAGAGGGACUGGGCCCAGAGCAAAGAGGAUUGCUGCUCCCGCGGCGCCCAGCUCGUCACCGUCAGAGCCAACGCCACGCUGGCCUUCCUGCAGCGCGUGUCCAAGAGCAACACGUUCCACAUUGGGCUGAAGAAGGAACGUGCCGGGCUUGACUGGAAGUGGGUGGACGGCUCCGCACUGAACAGGCUCUUCCCAGUGACGCGCUCCACCGCCUCCUACCUGGCCUGUGGGAGGGUGUCGGGCCGAGGGCUGUCGGGCGGGUCGUGCACAGACCCCUGCCGCUGGAUCUGCGAGCAGAGUGCCCUCACCUUGCAGUGGGGCCUCGGCUCUGCCCCUCCCACUUUCCUGUGGGGGAACACGACCUACACCUGCAUCGAUCCGCAGUGAGAGCGGCCGAGGGCCCAGCCCCGGGACCCUGCCCCUGGUGACCUGCUCCCCUCUACUCCCAGUCCUCCUCCCCUCAGGACCCCGGUGACCCAUACGCCCCCACCC